GUUCGAUAAAACCAAAUGGCUGCCCGAGUGGAUUCGCUUCUGUUCUCGAUCUUUCCCCACCGAAACUCACUUCCCGUUCUCCGUCUCUUCCAUUCCCUGGGAUCCGCGAGCAGCCGUACCAUCGACCUCCGUCGCAGUAGCAGUAAACUGGUCUCCAGACGAAUGGCGUCGGCGUCCAGCGACUCCCGAGCCCCUCCUCCGCCGACCCAUACCAUCACCUUGCCUGGUGGAGACGCCGUCCAGGUCGUGGCCGCCCCCGGCCUCUCCAAUUCCGAUCUCAGGAAUGCUAUAGAUUCUGCUCUGUUUAGGCAAUGGCUGAAGAAUAUGCAAAGUGAAAUGGGCGUCUUAGCUCGUGGGCAGAUGUGUUUAAGACAAGUGCACAUUCAGUCGAAGAAAGGGAAAAUGGGACUGGAUAUGUUUGGAAGAGGUGUUGGUUUUUUGAAGUUUAAAGCAGAUGUGGUUGAGAAGGAAACAGGAAGAAAGAUUCCAGGAAUUGUUUUUGCACGGGGACCUUCAGUUGCUGUGUUGAUUCUUUUGGAGUCAGGAGGGGAAACUUAUGUGGUUCUUACUGAGCAGGUUCGUGUUCCUGUUGGAAAGUUUAUAUUGGAACUACCAGCUGGCAUGUUAGAUGAUGAAAGAGGUGAUGUUGUUGGCACAGCAGUCCGUGAGGUUGAGGAGGAGACGGGGAUAUGCUUAAACAUUGAAGAUAUGGUUAAUCUUACAGCAUUUCUUGACCCAACAACUGGAUACAAAGUUUUUCCAUCACCGGGUGGAUGUGAUGAAGAAUUGAGCCUCUUUCUAUACAGAGGGCAUGUCGAGGAGCAAAUUAUAAAUUCAUUGCAGGGAAAGGAAAUGGGCCUUCGGGACCAUGGUGAACUGAUCAAGGUACAUGUGGUUCCUUAUGAUAAGCUUUGGCGUGUGACAGCUGAUGCAAAAGCUCUUGCCGCAAUUGCUCUAUAUGAAAUGGCCAAGAGGGAUGGUCUACUGCCUCAAAGAAAUAUGCAGAAUCUUUCUACAUAGACUAAAGAGAAAGUCUUGCAGUUAAAAUGACUUCUACAGAACCAUUUGUUUAGAGAAACUGCUUUUGCUGUAUGGCGCUGCCAUGAUGCUUGAGUUGGACGAUUCUCAAAAUGUCAGAGAAAGCAUUAACCAAUAUAUAUCGUUUUCUUAAAAAAUUUUGGAAGUGGAAUGGAAAUAGCCAUCGAGCUCCUGCAUUUCUUUCUCUGCAAAAUUGUAAAUUAUCUUUUAUAAAUAUGAUCUGCAUUUCUUGAGGGUGUCAGCCUGCCAA